AUGAAUUCGAACAAAGUUUCAUUUUCUGUGCCAAGAUUCAAUUUUCAUUUUCAUCCAACAAAACAAUUCUUCGAGACUUAUUUGGCAAAUGAAGCUGGAUUAUUGUUAAAGCUAAUAAUCGCACAUAAUUCUGUUCGUAACUUAUUAGAAACUUUAUCACAUUGUCAACAUAUUGCAAGGGUGGAAUGGAAAAUGAAUGAAAAUCCGCCUCAUGAAGUCUCAGGUGUUUCUAUUUUCAGCCUCAUGAAUAAAUGCCAAAUAAACCAGCAAUUGAAUCCAUUUUCUAGGGUACAAUGA